AUGGGCGCUGCCAAUGGCACCCAGUUCCGCCUCGUAGACGCGGAGGUGGAGCUGCGUCGAGAGACGAGGGACUUCGCGCGCUGGACGCUCGCGGACGUGGAGGAGCUGCAUCGCCGCUUCAAGAAAACCUUCGGCUUCGCAGUCACCGCGAGUCAGUUCGAGAGCUUGUUGCUGCUCAAGGCGCCCGACAGUGUGGGGAUCGAGGAGAUCUUCGAGGUGCUGGACGCCAAUCGCGACGGCCGCGUGGACGGCUUGGAGCUGCUCGCGGCGCUGGCCUGUGUGUGUCGCGCGUCGUUCGAGGACAAGGCCCGCUUCGCCUUUGAUCUGUUUGACUUCAAUCACAAUGGAUCGCUGUCGCUAGCUGAGCUGGCCCUGCUGAUGAAGUCCGUGUUGAUCGGCAUGACGCUUUUGACCGGCGGCGGGCCCGAAAGCUCCACUCUGUACCCGCAAUCUACGCCGGAUGCCAAGAGCUCAAUGGAGGCAAUGCUGCUGUGCCUCAGACUAGCGGAGAACGCAUUUGCUCGCGUAGACGAAUCAUCGGCUGUUCUGGGCUUCGAGGCCUUUAUCGCGUGGGCUCGAAGCAACCGCGAGUUCAUGCUUCAGGUGGAGAGAUUCCGCCUCAUUGCGGAGAAGGCCAUCGGCUUUGAAGACGCUCUGUCGCUCCCAGACGGUAGUGACGACGACUCGGAUCUGGACGUCGAGGAGGUAGCGCUUUCAGACAAGACGGAAGACUCUAACCAGCAAAACCAGCCUGCGAUCAGCCGAAAGCGAGCAGAAAUCCCGCAGCCGUGGAUGAUCGAGCCUACAGCCCAGCCACAUCAAAACUUCAGCGUCUCUGCGUGCAAGAAUAACGGAAUGCCACCGCCUGCAAACCUCGAGCUGGAGUGGGUACACGGUACAAGUGGACCAUCAGCUCGGAACGCGUGCCGCUUGCUCGCUACAGGCGAGGUGGUGUACUUUGUGGGGAGUUACGUCGUGUUGUAUUCCUCCGAGCGCCACGAGCAGCGCUACUACUGCGGGCACAGACGUGCCAUCGGCUGCUUGGAUGUGAAUGCUGCCGGGGAAAUCGUCGCUACGGGUGACGCCUGCUCCUCCAAUACGCCAGCCAACAGGGGAGGGGCUGAAAUCCACGUGUGGAAUGCUCGCACGCUUCAGUGCCUUGCAGUACUGCGCAACUUUCACCCUGCAGGAGUCGCCCACCUUAGUUUUCCUGCUGCUGCGUCAGCAGCUACUGCCACACUUCGACAAACGCAGGCGCUUUCGCUCGGAGAUCGCACUGGAGCUGGGGGGAACUCGUCGUCGGUGCUGAGCAGCAGCUUGAUGAAGAAGAAGCCGCAAGAGACUGAAGCACUGAUCGCCUCCAUCGGCAGCGACGCUAGCGCCUCCAUGGCGUUGUGGAACUGGCAGAAGGAAGCAGUCGUGGCAUCAGGUCGAGCGCACCCGGCAGCUACUGGAAGAAGAGCUCGAGCCUCUGGCAGAGGGAAGCGGCCGCUAGCUCUUGCUCUGAACGAAGACGGCGACGAGAUCGUCGUCGUUGGAGCACAUUUCGUGGUGUUCCACCAAGUCGCUGGCCGGUUCUUCAAGCACAAGAAGCCUCACUGGCAUGGCACGGUCGAUCCGCCACUACGUACCGUUCCAGUGUGUCUGAGUGCCGUUUACUACGGCAUCCAGACUGCCGUUAUCGGCACAGCACGUGGUGAACUGCUGCUCUUCGAGCGGCAUACGCUUACGCGAUGUGUUCAAGCUCACGAUACGCAGACGAGCGUCAACGUGUGCCUGUUAUCCUGUCAGUCGAUGGUCCUCUUUUCAGCGGGCAAGGACGGCCAGAUCAAGCAAUGGGACUCCACACUGCGCUCCAUCGGGCAGUCGCUGGAUCUCCAAGCUCUGGUGCGCGUUCCAGAGGUGAAACCCUCGUCGGCAUCGUCGUCCAGACCCGAGAGCGUCCUCGAAGGCGACGACUUCCGCAUUUGCUCGCUCGAUUACGACGCCCAGCGGAAGAAGUUCCUCGUAGCUACGAGGACAGGAAACAUCUUCGAGAUGGAUGACGAAGUAUCGGACGCCUCUGUCGGCACGUUUAGAUGGCGUAUAGUAGCGUCGGGGCAUACAGGAAAACCCACACGCAGCAUUGCGACUGCUAGUACCGUUGGAGGGUGUUUUGCCUCGUGUGGCGUCGGUGAGCGCUUCGUGAAGCUCUGGAGUCUUCGUCGUCGAGCGUUUGUACAGCAUUUACGCUUUCCAGGCGCCACUGUAGCCCCCAGUGCGCUGGAAUUCAGUAGCGAUGGAGAGCGCUUAGCUGUGGGCAGCGAGGACGGGACUGUAAUGCUCGCACGACGAGCUGGAGCGGCGUCAAGCGGUGCCAUGACGAUCGAGACGACGAUGAAGAACACGAGUUCGGGUGUGGUCGCCAUGCGCUUCGGGCCUCUGACAACGACAACGGGGCUUCUACUGGCUGUGACGCGCGAGAACGGCUUCACCUACCUCUACAGACUCGAGCCUGGGGGCCGUAAAUUGUCUCGGCACAUGUUGCUAAAGCCCCAAGCAGGUGAGGGCCCUGCUGGGAGUUCAUACGACCUAACACCCGCUCACGCUCUGGACUUCAGCAUCGACGGCGCCUUCCUUCGGACGCAGCAUGGGAGCUCGUCGCUGUACUUCUGGGACCUUCGACAGCGCGCCGGAACCCGCGUGACAUCGAUGGCCACCCUCCGCGACGUUCAAUGGCAUACAAACAGCACUUCUAUCGGUGGACUGCCGCUCGGACCCCAAGAUCUGGACGGGGGAGUGAGCGUUGACGCCAAUUCCACUCGAGGCCUAACGCUCCUCCUCAACAGCGACGGCGACAUCAAUCUGGCCCCAUUUCCGUGCCCACCUCCGACUUCAGCGGCCGAGGACAGCUCGGAGCAUUGCUGGCUGUCGAGAAUGGUGCCUCAAGCUCACCUCACGAAGCCAAACUCACUGUUCUCUUCGACAACGUGCCAGCCGCCAGUGUGCGGGAGGUUUGCCUUACGUGGCAGUCUCAUCAUCACUGGGAGUCAAUUCGACCCUGCGAUCUGCCAGUGGCGCGUGCUGAAAGAGCUCGGAGAUGUCCAGCCUCGACCGGAGUGUAUCUACAACCAGGGACUUCGUAAACGACUGCACGUAUUGGGCUUGAAAGACCGCUCCGAAGCCCCUGAUCUAGCCCUGACAUUAUCCUACGUGUACGGAUUCAACCACCGCAGCAUGAGCUUGAACCAGUCGCUCGCGUGUCUUGGAAACGGCUCCUACGUGUAUGGCGCGGGGUCUUUGCUGGUUGUGCGGCACCUGCACUCUUUCGGUACUAGACAACGCAUCGUGACGCCAGGCCUUCAGCACUCCGUUUCGUGCCUGGUAAAACAUCCUUCUGAGCCGGUUCUAGCUGUCGGAAGCCGAAGAGAUGACCGCGUUGUGCUCUUACGCACGGAGAAAGCCGCAGCCUCCAGUAACUCAUCAGGCGAAACCUUCCAGCAAGUCGGAACGCUCAAGCCUAGCGUCAUCCCCACCACCAGCCUCAAGUCCGACAAGAAGACUCUCAUUGUCGUGGCCUUCUGCGACUCCAACGACAGCAACACCCGAACUGUCCAAAGCGACUUGGCUGCUGUCAUCUGGAAACACGCCCGCAUCCACGUCCACACACUCGUCUUUUACGCCUGGAAGCGUCAGCUCAAGCUGGCGCAUGCAUCCAUGACGCGGUUGCCCGUGCUCUUUGCGAAAUUCGCGGGAUCGUCGGAUACAGGAGUGAGCUUCGUGAGCGGAGGCGUCGACCACGUCACGUUUUGGCACUUGAAUCCGGCGACAGGGCACGUGACAGCGCAGCAAGGAGUGUUCGGUCGCCACGCACUGGUGCAGACCAUGCUGUGCUGCGCUCAUGUCGCCCCCUUUGUACUGACGGGAGGCGAAGACGGUUCUGUUGUGCUUUGGGAGAGUGGAGUAGCGGCGCACACCAUUCACGCGUCAAGUUCGUCCCGACACAGCUCUGGUGGAGACGGAGUUGUGGCGUUAGAGCACUUACCAACGUCUCAAGUAGUGCUGGGAGCUCUACGCAAUGGCUCACUAGCAGUUUGGAAGUACACGACUGCACGUAGUCCUACUCGUGGCACCAGAUCGGCUGGAAGUCGAGUUCAAGCGAGCACGUUCCUUCAGCAGGUCCAAGUGAUCGCGGUCUAUGAUCCUACCAAGACAAUCGCUUCCAGCGCAAUGUCACCGCUGUUUAACGCCACGGGCUUUACUACUUCACCACCCACAGAUGAUGUACAUGUCCAAGGCAUGGCUCUGUUGGACGAUGCAGCGGUGGCUGCCGUGAUCCUUAGCAACGGUGAAGUGCUUUCGGUCGAUUUGGAGUCGAUUCUCGAAGCCUCGGCUGGAACAAACCAAAGUAUUCCUUCAGUCGCAACUGAGGCUGGGGAGAAAGGUCAAACUCUCUUGAGCUUCAGCAGCGAAAUAAAUGACGUCGUAUUGCACCCCAGAGACUUACGAUGGGCUUCUGCAAGUGCUGACGGGCACGUUUACGUCUGGAAUCUCCACACAAAUCUGCUGACCCAACAGCAAUUGAUGCCCAGCGCACCGCGUUCGUUGGCGUGGAGCGCGACGGGAGAGCACCUGGCCGUCUCUCUCAACAACGGCUGCGUUGUGAUUCUGAAUGGAACAACACUCGAGCCAUUGGUGCAGUUUGCCUGCGGUGACAUGGAGACUGCUUCGAAUGGACAAGCAAGAAUGACCCCAUUUCCAAAGUGGUGCAGUAUGGCCAAGUACUCGCCAUUAUGCAGUCAGCCGGGGUCGAAUAUGAGUCGCAACUGGCUGGCGCUAGCGUGUCGAGACUACAACAUCUACGUGUACUCUUGGGAUGGCUCGGAGGCUGAUAGUUCACCUCCAGUUUACACUCUUCAACACACAUUUGUGGGUCACACGGCACCAAUCGAGGCGUUAGGCUUCUCUUUGAAUGGUGAGUGGCUCCAGUCCGCGACCUCGAGCAAUGACCGUCAACUGCUGCGGUGGUCACUACAGAAGGACCCUCCUUCAAAUGAGAAUAACUCCCUCAAACGAGAUGUAGCAGCUGGAUGGGAGCUUCUUGACGAUGCGUGGGCCUCAUGGACAGCAACUUUCGCCGGUCCCGUCGAGGGACUCACAGAGUGUUGCGGAGUCGGCAAGACAACAACGUUAGCGCGCAUCAACAGCGAGGCUGCAAUUUCAAAAGACUCGGAGAGUUCUUCAGUCGUUAGCGACUGGAGUUCGCCGCUGCCCGUGGCAGUUGUGGGGCUUGACAAUGGCCACCUGAUGCUCGCGUGGUACCCGCUCACGCGUGGAGAUGUCGCCACCCCAGCGUAUUCAACCGAGUCCGAUCGUUUCAACGACCCCGCGGUUGUGACGAAGGAAUAUGUGGGCUGCUUCUCACGCGGGUCUCUGAUACGACGCGUGGGCUUCAGCUUCGCAAACGCGUUCGUCGUAGCACUAGCGCGGAAUGCAAGCGGGAGCACGCAGGUGUUGAUCUGGAAGACCGACUACGACGACGAGUUGCGUCUGCGCCAGCGGUUUGCACUGAAAUCCACAGUGUCUUUAGACACAGAUCCAGACUGGUGCAUGAGCCCCGUUGACAGGACGCUCUAUGAGGAAUGCAUUCGGCUUUCACGCAGCAAUGAACCGACUUCAAAGAUCGCUCAACAGGUCGAAGAGAGUCACGACAAGUGGGCGGUUGCUGAGAACGAGCUCGACAGUCCUAUCACCGGCGAAGAACUCAACUUGGAGUUCGUCUACGGCCUCAAUCCUGGCGCCACUGGCAGUCGAAAUGUGUUUUACGCCGACGACGCGUGGGAAAUUGUAUACGCUGCUGGCGCCUGCGGGGUUGUGUACAACACGAAGACGCAAACGCAGCUACUGAAUUACCGAGCGGAGUCUGAACGUCACACCAUCAUCUCAGCGUUGGCUGUGCAUCCGAAGGGGGAUCUGGUUGCCUCGGGUGAAUGCCUCGUUACUCGCCACCUCAAGCCGCCUGAAAUCAUCAUUUGGGACGCCAAUAGCGGCAGCACAAUCGUUCGGAUCGCUACCAAGCAUCGCCCUGGAGUUUUACUGCUGGAAUUUAGUCCUGAUGGCCAUCGCCUUGCAUCGGUUGGCAUGGGAGUGGACCAUAGGAUGGCGAUCUACGCCAUUUCAGGCGGUGAGAGCGAAGGCGGUCGACUCCGCGCGACGUUGCUCGUGACUUGCAAGACCUCCACUCGAAGGGUCUGGGGCUUGAGCUUCGGCGACGACGGCGAGCUCGUGACGUGCGGAGAUCAGCACAUUCUCUUCUGGCAGCAGAGCUCAACGAACUCUGGACGGGGCGGUGAGGAUGACAAUCGACCUACAGGCUUGAAGAGCGGCCUAUUAACCAGUCACAAGGAGUGCAACCCGCAAGCCACACUGCUGCAGAUCGCCCACAUGUCUGGACGAGCGCGCGUGGUGGUGUCGAGCCAAGCGGACGGGAGUUUGUACCUUUGGAAGGACCGCGUCUGUGUGGGAGUUCGACGCGAUGCACACGGUGACGCUUCUAUUCCAGCGCUGGCUGUUGAUCGCAAGCACUCGUUGUUGUACUCGGCAGGAGCCGAUUCACGCAUCUGCUGUUGGAAUGCACAGCUCGAGCUCGUUCGAGUCGUGGCCGAUAUCUCACAGCUCAAUGCUGGGAUCCCACUAACCAGCACAAAGCUCCAGUCGCUGGCAGUUCGAGACGGUCAUGUGUUGUUCUCCACUGCAGGAACUGAAGUGUGUGAGCUGGUGGAAGCAGGGUUCUCGAGGUCGCAGGAGAAAGACUGGCGGCUCCACGUUUACAUUCGAGGUCAUGCUCACGGUCAACUCUGUGGGCUUGCAGUUCACCCGUGUAAGCGCGCGCAAUUCGCGUCUGCUGGAGACGAUGGCGUCGUCCGCCUUUGGGAUGCAGCUACUCGCUCACUGUUGGCUUUCCACAGCUGGGAGUCGGCGUCGGAGUUUGCAACCGGUGGCAGCAAUGAGCUGCGUGCGUUGGCGUUCUCCGCUGAUGGCAAACACCUGGCUGUGGGGACCAUUGACGGCGUUGUUCGUGUGCUCACCGCUGCACUUGACGCCGUCGUGACGCAGUGGAGCUGCUUGCAGGACCAGCAACAAGCCCACGCCGUCUUGUCGCUGCAAUACUCGGCCGAUGGGAAGCUGCUGGCCGUCGGGUGCCAGGACGGCGCUGUGCACGUGUACAACGCGGCUAGUUAUCGCAAGGUCACGAUUCUAAGGGGGUCGAUGCAAACUGCGGACUCGAUUCGACUCGACUUCGCUCGGGAUCGGGCGGUGCUUAGCGUGCAGUGCAGUGGUGGAGCUGGGGAGCAGGAACUCCACUUCUGGGAACUUGGUUCGUGGCGAGGGUUGCCAGCUGCUCAAGUGCGUGACGUCCACUGGGAAUCCAAGCGAUACCCGUCCCUCGUGAGCGGCUCAACGCACUGCGAAGACUUCAACGGUGCAGCGAUGGCAACGGAUGGACACGCGACGGCCGUCACGAACUGGGCCGUCACCAAGAACGAGCACUUCCUGCUGUCCACGGGAGGCGCCGAUCGCGUCGUCUGCCAGUUCCGUCUUCCACCUCACUCCGGUCCACCGAGUGCAGCAUAA